CCCGCCUCCUUUCUCCUUUCCUUGAUCCUUCUCCGCCUGUUUUGCUCCCGUUCCGUUGUAAACGGAGCUCCACAUUACACGUGUCCCUGAAGAGGAAGAAAAUGCACGAGAAAACGAGCGCCAAGGACAUCAGGAAGUCUUUCAUCGACUUCUUCGUGAAGCAGAAAAAGCACGAGUAUGUCCAUUCGUCGUCGACCAUACCUCACGAUGACCCUACCCUGCUCUUUGCCAAUGCUGGCAUGAAUCAGUUUAAGCCCAUAUUCUUGGGCACCGCUGACCCCAACAGCGACUUGUUCCAUAUGGUGAGAACCACCAACACCCAGAAGUGCAUCCGUGCUGGAGGAAAGCACAACGAUUUGGAUGACGUUGGCAAGGAUGUUUACCAUCACACCUUUUUUGAGAUGCUUGGAAAUUGGUCUUUUGGCGACUACUUCAAAAAAGAGAUAUGUACCUGGGCAUGGGAGUACCUGACCAAAGUGUGCGCACUGCCUGCUGAUAGGCUUUAUGUUACUUAUUUUGGGGGAGACGUCGAGGCCGGACUUUUGCCCGAUGACGAGUGCAGAGAUAUUUGGAUCAAAUUGGGAGUCCCUGAGAGCCACGUCCUUCCUGGCAGUAUGAAAGACAACUUCUGGGAAAUGGGAGAGACUGGCCCUUGUGGUCCUUGCUCGGAACUUCAUUUUGACCGAAUUGGUGGACGAGAAGCAGCCCACCUUGUCAAUCAGGAUGACCCUGACGUCCUUGAAAUUUGGAACCUGGUGUUCAUCCAGUUCAACAGAGAAAGUGACGGAUCGCUCAAGUUGCUGCCGAAAAAGCACAUAGACUGCGGCAUGGGUUUUGAGCGUCUGGUUUCUGUCAUUCAGAACAAAAGAUCAAAUUAUGACACUGACAUAUUCAUGCCCAUAUUCGAAGCCAUAGAGAAGGGAACUGGCGCCCCCAAGUACCAAGGAAGAGUUGGUGCGGAUGACGUCGAUGGCACUGACAUGGCCUACAGAGUUCUGGCCGACCACGCUCGCACCAUAACAGUGGCCUUAUCUGACGGCGGAAGACCCGACAACACCGGCAGAGGAUAUGUCUUGAGGAGAAUUCUGCGCCGCGCUGUCCGCUACGGAUCUGAGAAAUUAGGCGCCAAACCUGGCUUCUUCAGCACUCUGGUGGACACUGUUGUCAGUUUGCUAGGAGAAACUUUCCCUGAGGUCACCAGAGACCCAAAUGCUGUCAAGGAAAUAAUAAAUGAAGAGGAAACCCAGUUUCUAAAAACUUUGGCUCGAGGCAGGUCUUUGUUGAACCGGACUGUUGAGAAGUUGGAGCCAGGAACAUCAGUCUUGCCUGGCGAAGUUGCCUGGCGUCUCUACGACACUUAUGGUUUCCCUGUUGAUUUGACUCAGUUGAUGGCAGAGGAAAAAGGACUUGUUGUCGACAUGGUUGUCUACGAGCAUUGCAAAAUGCAUGCACAGCUUGCUUCUAAUGCCCGCGCCGCUCUUGCCGACGACCAGCUGUCUCUGGAUGUGCACGCAAUAACCGAGUUGCAAAACAAAAAGGUUCCCAGGACUGAUGACAGCUCCAAGUACAGUUACAAAGCUGGCAAUGCCAAGGAUGCUAAUUAUGAAUUCGCCCAGUGCACUGGAAAGAUAAUAGCACUUCGGAUGGAGAAGAAAUUUGUUGAUAAAGUUGAAGCAGGCCAAGACUGUGGAAUGAUUUUGGAUAAGACUUGCUUUUAUGCAGAACAGGGUGGACAAAUUUUUGAUGAGGGCUACAUGACUAAGAAGGGUGAUGAGGUAAGCUUUAAAAAUUUGUUAUUGUUUCUGUUAUUUACGUUUUUGGUGCAGUCUGUUGAGUUUUGUGUGAAAAACGUGGCUGUCAGGGGUGGCUACGUAAUCCACAUUGGACACCAAGGCUCAGGCACCCUAAAAGUUGGAGACCAGGUUGUGCUGAAACUCGACUGCGAGAGGAGAUACCAAGUCAUGGCCAACCACACGGGCACCCACUUGCUGAACUUUGCUCUGAGGAACGUGCUGGGAGGAGAAGCUGACCAGAAGGGUUCUCUCGUUGCUCCCGACAGAUUCAGAUUUGACUUCACCUGCAAGAAAGCAAUGACUCCUAACCAAGUGAAGGAAACUGAGGUCAUAACCAAUAAGAAAAUAGCGCAGAAUGAGCCGGUGUUUGCCAAAGAGGCCUCUCUGGGAGUGGCCAAAUCCAUACGAGGGUUGAGAGCCAUGUUCGACGAAGCCUAUCCUGACCCUGUCAGGGUUGUGUCUGUGGGAGUGUCCGUGGAGGAUCUGGAAAAGGAUCCAGACAGCAAUGUUGGAAUGGGAACCUCUGUGGAAUUCUGCGGUGGAACUCACAUGCUGAAAACAGGUCACAUAGGGCACUUUGUGAUAACCAGUGAAGAGGCUAUAGCCAAGGGCAUCAGGCGCAUAAUUGCUAUGACAGGAAAUGAAGCAGCAAAAGCAGUCAAAAAAGCGGAAGUGCUUGAGAACGAAGCCAAUCAAUUGAACGAGCAGGUCAAAGUCGUGCAGAAGAGCCAGGACAAGAAGCUGAGCAAGGACUUGGUGCGCAAGAUUGUGUCCUUGAUUGAUGACGUCUCGCACGCCACCAUUCCGUACUGGAAAAAGGAGGAACUGCGCCAGAAUUUGUCUGCGCUGAAGAAGAGCCUCGACGACCAAGAGCGCGCAGGCAAGGCAGCAGUUUCUGCCAACGUUUUGACUGAAGUGAAGGAAAUAAUGGAGAAAAUGGGAGGAAAGCCGGAUGUUUUGGUGGCCGAGCUGCAAGCACUGUCAAACACCAAGGCGCUGGACGGUGCUCUGAAGCAGGUGAAGUCGAUUUGUGCCGAAACGAGUGCCAUACUUUUCAGCGUGGAUUCCACAGCAGGAAAAAUAGUGUGCCUCAGCGCCGUCCCACCUUCCGGAAUAGCAAAGGGCCUGAAGGCCAACGAAUGGAUAUCCGAGGUGGCACCCCUGAUGAAAGGCAAGGGCGGAGGCAAACCUGAGGCUGCCCAAGCCUCAGGCACCAACAUAGCCUGUCUGCAAGAGGCCAUAAAGAAGGCCCAGACAUUUGGCCAAUCGAAACUUGGCUCUUCUGCUGGGGCACCCUCUCAGAAAUCAGCCCCAGCCGUCAGUCCAUUAGGAGGCAACCCUUUGGAAGCAUUGGUCAACGCCCUGGCCAAGGAAAAGGGAGCAAAGGUGGAGAAGGGCAGCCAGGGUGAUGUUUCCAUCAAAGUUGGCGACGAGACCUUGAACGGUUCUGUUGCAAUCAUUCUCUACCUUGCCAAUGAAGAGUUGAAGGGUGGCAAAGAUGUCCUUGGUCAGAGCCGUGUGCUGCAGUGGCUCUACUUUGCACACAACCACCUUCUUCAUUAUGCACACCAUGGAAAGAAUUUCCCUCAACUGAAGGACGCCUUGAAAGCUCUGGACAAGCAUUUGCUCAACAACACCUACCUUGCCACUGAAAGGGUGACGGUUGGCGACCUGGCAGUCCUGAGCGCCCUGAAAAAUGUAAAGGAGGCAGUGAACGAGCUGCAGUGUGUCAAGAGGUGGUGCACGACUUUGGCUGCCCACCCAAUUGGCAAGCAGGUCUACAAUUAAUCAUCACCCCUAUUGAAUAGAGGAACUGGUGCUGGCAGAUUAUCUCAAUUAUUCGCGCAUUUGCUACUUUUCUUUUAUAUAUGAAUGAGCAAGAAAUGUUGACAUUAUUAAUAAAAUGCUGUUGAUCACUUCUUUUGAUUCAGUUUUUCAAAUGA